GUUUCAUUAGUUUUUUUUUUUUUGGGGCUACGUGGCGUCACAGUGAGAUGCCCUCAUCGUCCUCCUACCAAAAUUCCCGAUCGGAUUCAGCGGUUUGAGACCACUUAAUCGGAGAAAAUGGAGCUCCGUAGUAUCUGUAAUCCCCUGCGUCAUCUUCCCGUGCUCUCAAAUUGUUCCUACCAAAUUAAAUCCUCCCCAGUUCGCACUUUCUCAGUUCGGAGCUGCCGCUUAGACGUCAACGAAUCACACAAGUUGCAGCUGGUCGUGGAAGUGAAGGAGAAGCUUGAGAAGGAUUAUCGAAGUCUUCCUGUAGGGAAAAAUGGAAGAGAUGAUGAGGAUAUGAUCCUCUGGUUUCUCAAGGACCGCAAGUUUUCGGUCGAAGAUGCUGUUGAAAGAUUGAAUAAAGCAAUUAAAUGGCGUCAAGAAUUCAGAGUGUCCGAAUUGUCUCAAGAUUCAGUGAAGGGUAUAGCGGAAACUGGAAAAGCUUAUGUACACGACUUUCUCGAUGUUAACGGCAGGCCAGUUCUCAUAGUGGAUGCUUCUAAGCAUCUUCCUGCUGUGCAUGACCCGGUUGAGAAUGAGAAGCUCUGCGUGUUUUUGAUUGAGAAGGCGUUGAGUGCCCUUCCAGAAGGGAGCGAAGAAAUACUCGGAAUCUUCGAUCUACGAGGGUUUGGUAGAGAAAAUACAGAUUUAGAUUUCAUAACAUUUUUGUUUGAUAUUUUCUACUACUAUUAUCCAAAGCGAUUGGGCCAAGUCCUCUUCGUGGAAGCUCCGUUUAUAUUCAAGCCAAUUUGGCUGCUCGCCAAACCACUGUUAAAAUCGUAUUCUUCACUGGUGAGGUUUUGCUCCGUGGAGACCGUCAGGAAGGAGUACUUUACAGAAGCAACGGUGCCAGCUAAAUUUAGAGACUGAGAAAUGUUACUCUCAAGUUUUGACUUGAUGCACUAUAGUACUUGUUUUUUUGUAGAAAUAUAACUGGCUUUCAAUGUAACAAAUUUCAAUUGACAAGAAGCGUUGUGCUUUUGAGUUUCGGUGAUCCAUUAACACAGAAGCAUGUAGCAUAUGUAUCACAAUUUCUGUAUUUAUCAAAGAAUUUUUACAGUA